AUGGACAGCUUCCUCAUGGCAAGGCAUGGUGGUGAGGAUCACGGAGCAACUGGGGCGGCUACAGCCUCGGACGCCAUGCCCGGCAUGGACAUGGGGGGGAUGAACGACAGUCACGGCUCUGGCAGCGGAAGCAUGAGCAUGAUGAUGAUGACCAUCUUCCAGACAAACAUGAAGACCCCCCUCUAUACCGAGACCUGGACCCCCAACAGUGUCGGCACCUACGCUGCUACUUGCAUCUUCCUCAUCUUCCUCGCCUUUAGUCUCCGCAGCAUGCUGGCCUUGAAGUCCAUCCAGGAGAAGCGGUGGCUGGAUAAAGACUUCAAGCGACGAUACGUCAAUGUGAGCGGAAAGCUGGGCAUGGCUGCCAAGAUGUCUUCGGACAGCAUGGCCCAGAAGAUGGUACUCUCGGAGAACGGCGUCGAGGAAAAUGUCACGGUUGUCCAGUCACAGCAUGGUAUCUGGCGACCUUGGAGGUUUUCGGUCGAUCCCAUCCGCGCUCUAAUUGACACUGCUAUUGCUGGCGUUGGCUAUCUUCUCAUGUUGGCUGUCAUGACCAUGAACGUUGGAUAUCUGCUCUCGGUUCUCGGUGGUGUCUUCUUGGGCAGUCUCGCUGUCGGCCGCUUUGCCACCAUGGGAGAGCAUUAA